AAAAUCAAACGAAAUCGUAUACGAAGUAAUACAUCCAAUACAACAAUACCGGCACUGUUUACACCCAUAAGCAUACGUGGCAUAACUCUUCGGAACCGGAUAUGUGUCUCACCGAUGACAAUGUCGGCCUCGAAGGACGGUUUCGCCACUGACUUUCAUUUGGGACAUUUGCAGGGAUUUGCUUUAGGCGGCGCCGGACUGGUCGUCAUGGAGGCCACUGCUGUCUCACCGCAAGGACUGAUCAGUCUCGAAGAUAACGGUCUGUGGAGUGACGCCCACAUCGAACCGUUGGCCAGAAUUGUCAAACAAAUCAAAGCGUACGGAGCAGUGGCUGCCAUUCAGAUCAAUCAUUCCGGUCGUAAGGGUAGCUGUCGUACGGGUUGGGAUGGAGGCAACUCAAUGGCAGAUAGUGAAGGUGGUUGGCCAACAGUAGCACCCAGUGCUAUACCGUACGAUAAAGAGUCCAUUUGGAAAGUACCGAAAGAAGCCACUGUUGAUGAUAUCGACGAAAUUACAAAACAAUUUACAGCUGCAGCUAAACGGGCCGUUACGGCCGGGUUUGAGGUAAUUCAACUACAUUUCGCACAUGGAUAUAUAGUUCAUCAGUUUAUGUCACCGCUGACCAACAAACGGACCGACAAAUAUGGCGGAAGUUUAGAAAAUCGGAUACGCUUUGGACUGGAAAUAACCGAAAGUGUGGCUAAAGUCAUACCCGAUAAUGUUGUGUUGGGUGCAAGGAUUACAGUCACUGAUCACGUAAAGGGUGGUUGGGAUGUGCCAUCAACUAUAGAGUUUGCUAAGCAACUCAAACCUAAAGGUCUGGAUUUUGUCGACUGUUCCGGUUAUAGUGGACUCGUGCCGUGGGAUCCGUCUAUCAAAACUGAUACCUAUGCCGUCCAAUUGGAAGCAUCCGAGCGCAUACAGAAAGAGGUGGGUUUGGUUACCAGUGUUAUUGGCGGUGUAUUCAGUCCCAAGUAUGCCAACGAAAUUGUGGCCAACGGUACGGCAUCGAUGGUGAUGUUGGGCAGGGCUUUCCUAAACAACCCUCACUGGCCAUAUCAUGCGGCAGACGCUUUGGGCGUACAAAAAGAAGACUUAUUUCCCAAACAUUACCGUUACGUCAUAUCAAACAAACGUUAA